AUGCCCGCCACACGGAAGGAAAGAGGACAUUACAGCAACCAGGUGCCUUUCGCCUACUGCGCCGAGGACUUCCGCCUGCCGCCCAAGACAUGUGAGCAGUGCGGCGGCGACGGCAAGGUGCCCGGGACGUGUGACAGGUUGCUCCUAUCGGGCAGCCAGCCGGACUCCUGCUGGACUCAUGGCGAACGCUGUCAGGGCUUUUACUGCCAGUGUACGCACGACGGCGAGGACCACACUCCGCAAAUCACCUCGACGGCUGUCGUCGGUGGAGAGACAGCGACGGUGGUGUUCGAGCCAAAGACCUUGACGGAAUAUGCAGGGUUACGUGCCAGCACGACUCUGACUGUCACGGAAACGACAACGACUUUGGACGGUGCGACCGGGUUAGAGACUGGUGUGUUGGUCGUUUUUGCUGGUGGAGUUUCGUGGUGGGCCAUUUCUGGAUCCGGGGGUGCCGCUGCUCUGGGAGCCAUCCAACCACCGGCCCAGAAGCCGGACGGGUCUCGCAACGACGACCAGCAAUGCCAAUCCAACCCAAAAGAAGACUGCAACGAAUGCGGGGGAGCCGAUGCUGUCGGCCUGUGCAAGACAGGCAGCCAUGCCGGCUGUCCUUGCGACGAGAACCAGCACUGCCCCGACCAGCCGCCAAAGUGCACCGAUGGGGACUGCGGUGGGGACAACGGCCAAUCUCACGUCGACGACUGCCAGGGUGGUCUCGACCAAAAAUGCAGCGCCAAUAAGUGGAACGAAUGCCCCUGUCGGGUCGUGGCAGCCGACGGCGCACUUUGCGGCACGCAGGGAGUGCCCGACCCGCUCCCUGACCGGGCCUCGGCAACCUCGCUCGCGCGGCGCAUCUUCACCGAGGUGUACAACGGCGACCUCAAAAGCGCACCGUGGUGGUCCCCAAAGGCAAUAACCACGUCUCGCGUGACGCCGUCCGAUUGCUCCUUCGUCACGACCACGUUCGCGACCCCGCUGCCGAGCAUGGGUCCGGUGCAGUGCUGGUGCGGGUGUGAUGGCGACACGAUGGUGGCCAUGACCUGGGGCAGCUCGGCUUCGUCGACCAGCUCCUGGUGUCUCCCUGGAUCGGGCGACUUCGCGCCUGACGGCUGGACGCAGCUGCCAAACCGUGUAUCGUAUUGCGGCGGAUUGCCAGCACCAACCACCACAGCGCCACCACCACCACCACCUCCUCCUCCUCCUCCUCCGCCGCCGACGACAACCGCGACAUCGUCGUAUUGCGAUCCUUAUUGGUGCGGGGCGCCAUUCUGCGCGCCAUGCAUGCUCGGCAUGCACACCGAGUUCGAGCAGUAUACCUGCACCAACCGGUCGCCCGUCACGAUACUCGGGCGCCCCGCCAUCGUAUUCCACUGCUGGUGCUGCCCCGAGCGGUUCAGCACGUGGUGUAACAACGCGCCGUGUGCGGCGCCACCCGGCACGCGCAUCUGCCAGGGCGAGACCCUGCGGGGGUGUCCCUGCGUGACGACCGAAGACCGCCGCGCCGUGGCCACCACCACGCUGUACGUCGAGGGGCCGCCCCUAGUCAUCCCACGUCGGACCCGGUCGCCGACAUUCACCUCGGUGGAGAAUAUAUGGGCGUUGCUGCGCGAGUUUCAUGAUAUGGGCCACCGGCUCCCCAGUGGCGAGUCGGUGUACGAGUCCACUCUGCGGGCAGCGAGGCCGCGCGGCCCCAACUCGCGUGUGGGUAACGAAUCCGUCGCCCCGGCUGAGGCGGGUGAGAUGGGCACUGGAAAUGGCACCGAGAGAGAAGCGAGUGAUGGACCGCCGCCUUCGGGGGACAGUGUGUCUUCAGCGUUUAGUAGGCUGCCGACGGGUGUGGGAUAUAUCCAGUAUGACUUGAGGAAGAUGUAA